AUGAAAGGCGAACCAGGAGAAUCCAUUUCGUCUCCAAAAGUGACAGUUUCGUCUUCUCAUCUGACAGUGAACGAGAGUAACACUGCGGUUUUACUGUGUUCUGUUUCGGGAAAUCCCGUCCCACAACUAGCUUGGUCACGUGUAGGCGGCGUGUUUCCUAGCAACCGAACAAAGGUCUCCUCAGAAGGUCUGCUGCAGUUUAAUAAAGUGCGACUCGAGGACGCUGGGACAUACAAGUGCGUGGCGCGAAAUAUUCUGGGAAGGGAAGAAAAACGUGCGAGUCUGGUUGUAGAAAGUAAGCAGUAACUGAUUGUUAAGACGAAGUGAUCAGCUCGUUCUGGUUUUUAGUCAAUUCUACGGUCCACUAACGAACGCGGCUUUUUUGUGCCAGUUUUGCUGCGAUUUCGGCGGAUUUCACGGUGAUUUCUCUUGAACUCAUAUGCGGCCCUAUUUAGACCUGGCUUUCCAGCGACCGAGGAAGGCUUCGGAGGUGUCCCCUUUAUAACUUCAAAACCGCUGUGCGGUCACCAAAAUUACAGAGAAUAACGUGCUCGUCAUUUCCAACGACUAGGCAUAACUUGGCUGACACAAUGACGUUCAAUUUAUUAGCAGAAGGCAAAAGAAAGAACUGUGUGGAAAAAAGGAUGUUUAGGAAACAACAAGUUCAUCAAGUUAUAAAAUUCCGGGAGUAAUUUAGACUUUUAAAAAAAUAGAAUUGAUCAUUUUCAAUUCUCUCUUUUUAUCUCAAUUCAGUCAUUAAAAAGCCUGCGUUACCAUAACAGUUAUAAUAACUUUGAUUAAAAAAAUAUAGGUAAAUUAACUGUAAUGCUAUAAUUAAUAACUAAACAUAGAAGUAAAUCCUAUUUAUAGGAAAAAUUAAGCAAAAUUUUGGAAAACCAGGCUGCCAAAACUCGGUUGCCAUGGUAACAUCAAAGUUGAGCAUCACCUCACGACGACUCAAAAAAAAUGUUCCCAGAAAUUAAUUCAUCUUUUCCAGUCGCGAGGGGGGUUUAAGAACUCCCCCGGUUUGAAUAGGGUUAAGAAUGUUAAUUUUUGAUGUGGUUUAUCUUUAAUCUUCUGCACGAUGUUUAACAAGAACAUGGAGCUGACGUGAUAAUUGAUGACAUGGCAUGCACACUUUCCUUUCUAUGAAUAAUUAAUUUACCUGUGUAAACGCAUCAUUAGUCAACCUUUUGAAGUUUUUAGUUUAUUUAAAUUGCAUGUUUUCCUUUUAAACUUUUUAUUUCACUUAGUGAAUAAUAAAAGAUUGACCGAAAGUUGCACAAAACAAAACGACAACAAUGACUUUUUGUUCCUUUGUUUAACAGCUCGUUCUGAGUAAAAUUUGGUUUAGAUUUUGUCUUCUGUGAAGUCUUUGUUUGACUUGUUAUUUAUAUUAUUUUGUUUUGUAUGUCUGUCUCUUCAGGUCAACCUAAGAUAUCUUUGUCAUUUGGCCCAUCUCAUGUUAUUAAGGGCAAAAACAUUACCUUACCGGUAUGUCACGUGACUGGCUUCCCGUCACCAAAGAUCACUUGGCGUAAAAAUCCUGGAAGCCUGGUGCAAGCAAGAACCCUUCAGAAAGAUGGACGAUUGUCAGUACUAGGUGUUAAAAAAAGUGAUUCUGGUCUGUACAAAUGCGAAGCUUCAAAUGUUUUAGGACAUGACUCGGCUGUUACACAACUUAACGUUGUUGAGUUGCCCCGUUUUACUGUCAGCCCACCGUCACAGCUUGAAGUGAGCGUAGAUCAGAAUAUCACAGUCCGCUGCCAGGCCGCUGGAGAUCCACAACCAACAAUCACUUGGAGGAAGGAGGGCGGCAAGCUACCUGCAGAAAGAUCAAGCGUCAGUGCUGACGGAACUUUGAAAAUCUGGAACCUUAGAGAGCGUGAGGACCCGGGAAGAUAUACUUGUGUUGCCUCGUCAGAUGAAAUUUUUAAGGCGACUUUCUCUACUAUGAAAGUAACCUUGAAGUCGGGUAAGAUAGAGCUUAUUAUUGCAGUCGAGACUCGUUGAUAUGGGUAUCGUCAUAUAUCAUGAUCAGUACCAUAGAAUUUGUGGAAAUAAUAGGGAGGCAUAUAUAACUGGUCUGUACUUUACCCUUUCGCCUUCGUUCUCUAAGAAUGACGAAUGGCAAAUUUCUCAACACGUGGAGAGAACUUUGCUAUAAAAUUCGAGGCUUACUUUCAAGGCACCGAGACGGAAAAUACCGGACCACGAUUUUCUAUGCAACAUUCGCCAGCCCUAUAUUAUUAAACUGGCUCGUAAAAUUUAAUUAAUCGCGGAAUCGUGAAACGAAACUCGCUCAUGUACAUUGAAAAAUGAAACAGUUGUUUAGCAUAUUUUUAACAUACUUUCCGCAGGCAAUAUCAUAUCACGAAAGAGCAGUCCUUACCUUUACAUCGUCCGAUUUCCAAUCGAUUUGACGCAAAAGUCGGCUAUUUCGGGCGCUGUUAUCAUAAUCAGGUCCCGCACGUCGAUGAUAAUUCUAAUUAAGCGCAACUUUGGGGCGCUUUUUAAAUUGAAUUCCAUCCGCCAUGUACACAACCAAUGUAACAGGGUGGCAAAGUGGCAAAGAAGUUUUCCGUGACGCGUGAUGGCCCCAAAUUAUCAGCGUGAUGCGUGAUCGGGAUCACAUUAGCUGCGUGAGGUGUGACCGGGCUUAGCAGGGUGCGCGGUUUACUAUUUUCAUAACGCGUGACGCGUGAUUUUCCUUUUGGAUUGCCGUGAUUGGUGAAUAUCAUUUGAAACUAGAAACACAGAAAUCAAAAACAGACAGUCAUGACUUCAUUUUCUGGUCAUUUAUCUCGUUGCUCAAGCUCGCCUAAUCUCCUGUCAAAAUCGUACUAGAAAUUCUAUUCGCUAUAUUCUUAGCCUGUUCCAGGCGUUCAGAUUGUAGAAGGCAGGCGAAAAAUUUAUGACGAAAAAAAAAAAAAUAAAUAAACGAGGGGAGACUACAGAGAGACUAUGGAGGAAAAAGGGGAGAAAACUCUCGCUCUCUCCUAUCAUCCCCUCGUUUUCUCCGCGUACGAUUUAACUCGCUCCCCACCAUCUAAAUUCCGCGCUCUGCUAUCUGAACUCCUGGAAUCGUGCUUGUGAAUAUAGUUAAUAGAGAGGUUAAGCAUCACUUUCACGUCUAACGGCAAACGCAAAUCUGUACCCCUUGACCAAGUUUCCCUUUUACUUGUCGUUUACUGUGCAUUAUUCACUAAACAUACCGUAUUUAUUCGAUUAAACGCCACAGCGUUUAUUAGAUUUUUCGUGAUUCGAGUGCGGCGUUUAUUCUAGGGCGGCGUUAAUUCAAAAUUCAAUUGAUUUCUUGCAAACAAUAGUAAGGUAACUGAACAUUUGAAUUUCACUUCGAGCUGAAAAACAUUGUUAUCAAUGAAAGCAAAUUUCCAAAGCUUAAUUAAGAUGAACUCCUUUGAGCUUCGAAUGUACUGAUCUUAAAACAUUGUUACAAUCAAGAAAAAUAUUUUUUUAGGCUCAACCUAGAUUAUCACUGAAUUUGCUUUUUGAGUCUAUUAUUGAAAUAAACGCCGCAUCAUGAAACGGCAUUUAUUCGAGGGCGACGUUUAAUCGAAUAAAUACGGUAAAUUAGUGGUUUCACGCAAUUUUUUACCAAUAAGAAUUUUUUUGAGCUGUUUUUAUCUGCUCAUUUUCUAUUUUGAGAAAUUCUCAACUUGAAUCUGCCGUUUGCCGUUUGCCGUAAGCUAAAAACUGUCUAAAAGGUGGUAUUUUGAGUAGCGUUUUUAGCAAUCUGGCGCAUACUUAAAUUACAUUUGGCCAAGGGGGGAGGGGGGAGGGACCUAUCACACAUCACGCUGACCUUUUUUAAGGCAUGACACAUAACGUAAAUAAGGUGCAUAUUUAUUGGACCUGAUUCAUUCAGUGGGUGAGAUAUUGCUAUGUUAAAAUCGUGCAAUUGCACCUUAUUUACGUUAUGUGUGAUGCCUUAAAAAGGUCAGCGUGAUGCGUGAUAGAUCCCUCCCCCUCCCUCCUUGGCCAAAUGUAAUUUAAGUAUACGCCAGAUUGCUAAAAACGCUGCUCAAAAUACCACCUCGGUAGGUACUUUAAGUAGGGUUAUUAAAGUGUAUCAAGAAAUGUAUCAAAAUAGCCAUGUAAUGCCGUGUAUAGCUAUAUAGAGCGGUUUUCACUUGACUGUCGAAAGGGAUUGGUUUUGGUUUUGGUUUUGGUUUUACUACGCCCUUUGGUUGGCUAGUGUAUUUACUUUGGUUUUGGUUUUACGACAGUCAAGUGAAAACCGCUCUAAUGUCAUGUAUAGCAAUGUAAUGCCAUAUAUUGCCAUGUAUUACCAUGUAUAGCCAUGUAUUGACAUGUAUUACUAUGUAUUGCCAUGUAAUACCGUGUAAAGCCAUGUAUUGACAUGUAUUACUAUGUAUUGUCAUGUAUUACCAUGUAUAGCCAUGUAUUGCCAUGUAUUACCAUGUAUAGCCAUGUAUUACCAUGUAUACCCCUGUAUACCCAUGUAUAGCCAUGUAUAUCCAUGUAAUGCCAUAUAUUUUGCCAUGUAUUACCAUGUAUAGCCAUGUAUAUGUACAUGGCUAUACAUGGCUAUACAUGGCAAUACAUGGCUAUACAUGGCUAUACAUGGCUAUACAAGGCUAUACAUGGCUAUACAUAUUAAUACAUGGCAAUAUAUGGCAUUACAUGGGUAUACAUGGUAAUACAUGGUAAUCAAGAGACUAUAAAGGGGACAGAGAGGCCAUCCUCCAUAUACACCCUAUUCCAUAGGUAAUUCGUCUCGAGUUAUUUUUAACACCACAGAUCUCGAGGAGGAUUAAACAACAGCCAAUCACAUAGCUCGAAUGUGUUCCGCGUGGAUGACCCACGCUGAGAGCCACGCGUCCUUCACGAAAUGACGCAGAACAAAAUGGGGGAAGACGCGGAGAGCGAUUUUGCUAUUCCUUUUGUCGACGAAAACGACUACAGCGAGAUUUCUGCGAAAGCUGUGUCAGCGAAACCGAAAUUAAAAAAGAAUCGCCCUUCCUCUCUUGUAUAGAGCUAACAGUAGAGCAGGGAAAUCCUUAACACACUGAAUAUUCUCUCAGGAUCAUUUAUAAUUUACAGUUUGAAGAGAGCAAUUUCUGGUUUGAUGUUUAUUUUUUUCAGUCUUUAUAGCGAUUAUUCCUACCCACUUACUUUGUCAAUUGUAGGCGAACCCUCCUAAAGCUGAAUUUCAAGGGACCAUAUUCAAGCUCAGAAAGAGAAAUAAAAUUUCGUCGUUGCUUAUUUACGUCCUCCAUAAAACGCGAAAUUAGGCAUUUUCACGUCGUAGUCGUGCAAAAACGGGAAAGAAAUGAACAAAAAAGUGUGUUGCACGUGCGAAGUUGUUGUUUUGCUAAUUAAACCUAUUGUUUUUUUGACGUUCUAGUUGUCGUCCGCGUCGUUGGAUCUUAAACUCCCUAAAUUGUACAAACGACCGGUUUCAAUAGACCGGCGAAAUUUCUCAUUUUAUUAAAGCACUGAGGUUACGACAACUUCGAGUUAAACUGAUUUCACGGGUUGUCAAAGAGUCCAGCGAUUCCUUUUUCCCAGGUGAGCGCCGACUCAUUUCGCUUCAAUAUUCAGGAAUGCUCUCGAUCUUUUUACGCUUUCAUUGCCUCUCGCCCGACAUGUUUUGCACGGCGUUUGGUCAUGCGAAACCUCCACGAAACAUCCACGCCUCGCGCGAGGUAACUUUAUCCCAAUUCUAAAAAUAACUCGAGACGAAUUACCUAUGGAAUAGGGUGUCUAUGGGGGAUGGCCUCUCUGUCCCCUUUAUAGUCUCUUGAUGGUAAUACAUGGCUAUACAUAGCUAUACAUGGCAUUACAUGGUAAUACAUGGCUAUACAUGGCUCUAUACAUGGCUAUACAUGGCAUUACAUGGUAAUACAUGGCUACACAUGGCAUUACAUGGCUAUACAUGGUAAUACAUGGUUAUACAUGGGUAUACAUGACAUUACAUGGGUAUACAUGUCAAUACAUUAUUUUAAAUGCAGUCUUGAUACACUUUAAUAACCCUACUUAAAGUACCUACCACCACCUUCCUUAAAACCGCUGACAGAUCGGGCACUAUAAUGCGUGCAAAAUUGCCCUUCUUGAGAAGUGUGGUGAUGCCCCUUCGUCUUUUACUUCCGACUUCGAAGAUGUGAUUUUUUUCUAGAUGGUAAGCGAUGGAAUCGUGAGUGGAGUCGGAAUCAAAUAGUAAUGCUCUUAUUCCUUCUCCUGUGAUUCCAUCAAGCUGAUGAAUUCCCUUUUAAAUUUUCACUUGCUAAUAAUCACUCUUUUAACUCCGAUUAUAUGACUCCAAAUUAAACUCCGCCGUUCGUGUAAAUCAUAUUCAAACAUUGAGCAGCAGUCUUAAGAUUUUGCAGAACACACAUUUUGGGGUCCCAAUAAGAGAUCAGCAGUUUAAGAGCCACUGUUUGGUAAUAUUUUAUUUAUAAUAGUACUGAUUUAACAAUCAUUAUAAUCGUUCGAAUCAAACUGUCAUUUUCUUGUUUUUCAGCAUGUGUUCCAUUAGGAGUAGCAAGCAAAAGCUCAAUUCCUGACGCUAGAAUGACGGCAAGCACAUACUAUAAUUAUGAGUAUUACCCAUACUACGGCCGACUGAAUGGCAGCAGGGGACAUGGAGCGUGGUGUACAGAUACCACGACUGACAGAACAGACUACCUUCAAGUUGAUAUGGGUAAGGAGUACACCGUUUGUGCAGUAGCAACACAGGGCCACAAGGAUAGUCGCACGGGUACCACCAGCUACAAACUUCAUUUUUCAUCAAACGCAAUCACCUGGAACACCUACAAUGAAAAUAAUGAGGAAAAAGUAAGUUCAUUGACUCACUCAGUAUUUUGUCUUUCUUAGUGUGCCUUUCUUUCUUUUUUUUUUCUCCCUCUUUUGUGAUUUGUUGUGACUUUACAAACAUGUGUUCUGAUGCGCUUUAUAACAAUAUGGCACAAUUUGUAGGAAUCUAAGCGGUGCUCCAAUUUGGGAAAAGUUUUUCGUAAUUCGUAUUAAAACUUAAAACUAUGGGGAAGUAUUGUUGUGGGAAUGGCAGCAUAAACACCAGUAAUUAAAAAAAAAAGCUUUCCAAUUUCAUCAGUGACUUACAGGUGUACUUACUGAAUUAAGUUAACGGUUAUUACAGUGAAAAAUAGUCGAAAUCAAAUAAAGAAUGAUCCUCGCCGUUGUGAACGCAAUUUAUGCAAUUGCGUAAGAAGCCUGAAAAAAAUUCACGACUUCAACAGGAUUUGAACCCGUGACCUCGCGAUACCGGUGCGCCACUGAUGUUGGGAGCUGGUCAAUUAUGUGUUGAUAUGUUCCCCGCUGCCAGGGCUCAAGGCGAAGCUCUCGAUAAUAUUUAUAGUUUUCUCAAACAAAAUAUAAACUUGUGUAAUGCUAAGCGGCGAAGGCAACGAGAACGGUGAAAAAUAACAAUAGGUCUAAUUAUCCAAAAAAGCAAAUUUGCACGUGCAUCACACUUUUGAACAUUUCUUUGCUGUUGUUUUGCCAACUACAAAGUGAAACUCGCAGAAACUUCCUAGUUACACGUUUUAUGGAGGAAAUGUCGUACGUGUUCUUGUUCACUCUUUUUUUAUUUUUUUCACUGCGGCUCAUUUUUACCUUGGUGGCCGCCUGGCAUUUCUCAUUUUCUCACCGCCGCUACAAAAUUUUCAUGUUUUCUUCCAACAAAAAAAAUGCCUUCCUUUGUUUUCUCUCUCUCGCUGUAUCUCUCUGUCGUUCUUUUUCUCGUUAAACUUCGCUGACCUGUCGCCUACUUUCUCUUUUUCUCUGUCUUUCUCUUUAUCUAUAUUCCAAAUUUGAGGACAUGACAAUCUAAGCUUAAUACUUUAGACGCUUUCCGUUUUCGUCCGUUUUCGUCUUUAUUGACUCUUUAGUUGUCUCUGCCUCACAAGACGCGGGUGGCUAUGCGAUUUCCCGCCAAAAUAACUUCGAGUUGCAUUUGGUUCCCAUACCUGUUGAUUGGGUUAGUUUACAUUGGUAUGCCUGUGGGGCUACGCUCGCGUGGAGCUCCUUACUAAAUAAAUCACGUAUAAGAACAGCAGAAAUGAAAUCAAAUGAAGAAUGAUCCUCGCAGUUGUGAACGCAAUUUAUACAAUUGCGUAAGAAGCUUGGAAAAAAAAAAUCAGGCCUUCAACGGUGUUCACGAGUGAACAUUGCAAAAUGGCUGGUUCAAAUCCUAUUGAAGUCCUAAAUUUUUUCAGGCCUCUUACGCAAAAUGCGUUCACAACUGCGAGGAUCAUUCUUCACUUGAUUUCAUUUCCGCAGUUCUUUAUGUAUCUUUCACGGGAACAUAUGAACAUAUAUUUGAUCUGACAAGCAGAGGCAGAUGGAGGAUUUUGUGAUAGAGGGGGCCUAGAGAUAUUCUUGGUUUGCAACCACGUGACAAUGCGGCCAUGUUUGGGGUCAAAACAAAAGAAUAUUUCCUCGAAGAAUGUACAUGAAAAAAGAGUUUAGUUCCCAGAGGAGAGAAAUGCUUUUGUUCUUGACCACCAACAUGGCCGCCGUGACGUCACGUGCAAACCAGCAAUAGUAUACGGUGGUAAUAUGGGCGCAAUAGCACCCAUCAGGACUGCGAACGAAGCGCUUUUCUAGGGAGUUUCGGGCGAAUGCUCCUCUGGGAAAAUUUUUGAGAUUGAAGUUCUCUGAGAUACAGUCUAGUACAUUCUGGACGCUUAAAUUUAGCAAGUGCCUGGAUUUCAUAUUGGACAUGUAAUGCUGAAAUAUUUAAUAAGCUGAAUGAACUUACGGGGGAAAAAAAGCGUUCUGUAAAACAGCGCAGAUUAAAGCCGAGAAAGUGACGAGUGAGGAACAAUCGCGAAAAUACUCUUGACAAAUUCACAACCAUUCUAAUGUAAAAAGUAUUGUUAAUGUUUUUUUUUAUGUGCUCUAUUUUUUUUCAUUGAUAUUAUUCUCUAUCGUUUGUAGGUGUUCUCAGGAAACCAGGACAGAAACACUAUUGUAAAACACUCACUCAGGCGUAACGUGAAAGCCAGAUUUGUUCGGUUUUAUCCAGUUUCUCACUACACUCAUCCCUGCCUGAGGGUCGAAAUAUUUGUGCUUAAAUAG